AUGCUCCUGUCCUUGAUACGAUUCAGUGCCAGACCUCGUGAGGAUAAACGGCCACUUUAUCGACAGAUCUUUACGAACAAACGAUUGGACAUCGCCCAUAAAGUUGCGGUCCGAUCAAUUUUUGGAUUUCUCCUCUUCAGUACGUCCUUCAUUUUGGUCAACUCAUUGAUAUAUUACAAAUAUAUUCGACCCAUUCGACAGGAGGAACGAGAACUAUUAGAGCGAGAAUUGCUUGAAGCCGAUAAGGCCGGCUUUAAAUUGAAA